AUGAAACUCCUCACCCCCUUCUUUUUCCUCACAUUCUCUGUCUCUCUCACCUCUGCCGACAUCCCCAGCCCCGCAUGUCACAACCCCAUGCCCCGUACCCCACCGAUAGGGAAAUCUCCAUUCGUAACCAACACCUGGAACUUCCUCGAACUCCUCUCGGGCACACAACAAUUCCUUCAGAUGACAAGUACCAUGCGCGAUAGCACCAGAACUCUUUACAGUAUUCUCGUAAAGAUGGAACAAAAUCCCAAUAUAUACAUUCCAUACUUCCCUUUCUCUCAGGCAAUGGACCUAUAUACGCAUAUCGUAGAACGAAAACUUCAUUGUUGGCCGUUUCCGAAGUAUUUGGCUUUUUAUCUAGUGCAGUUGAGGGAUUUGAAUAUUAGAGGACGGAUUGAGACUUAUGAGCCCAGAGAACCUAGGGUGCCCAAUCCUGUGAGAGAAGUGCCGGUUAGAGAGAACCAGGCACCCGGGAUGUUGAGGGAGCCCCCGAGGAUUGUUCGUGAGGUUCCUGGUACCGGUACAGGCCGUGGAACACCCAGGACUUCGGACCGUGACACAUUCAGAACGUCGGAUCGUGGGACGGCCACGGGAAAAAUGGAAGCUCUAGCGGGAGAGGGAGCUUUGCCAGGCAAUACCAAUAUUAAUAAUAAUAUGAAUAUUAACAAUCAGAAAAUCAAUACGAACGAGCGCCAACAACCGGCUCCUCAAUACCGACUAUUCGGGAGCGAAGUCACUACGGGAGGCAUAUUUAAUCCUAACCCCGAAACUUCUAACCAACCUAGCAACCGACAGAAAACAACCGGGUUCUUAGCAUAUAAUACACCACCUCAGAAGAAAACACCCCCAAGAACUUCACCUGAAAGCCAGGGUCAAGGCCAAAGUUUGUUUAACCCUCAAAAUCGAGUCAUCCCUGGUCUCGGUUUCCCCCAUGCAGGCGAGGAUACUAGUGGUCUUAGUGGUCAAGGCCUUGGUACGAAUAACCAGCAAGGUCCUGUUAGGAAUCUAUUUAGUGCUUUCAUGGAAUCGACCCCUCAGGUGCAGGAACCAAAUUCUUUCAACGCCCUGAGUCGUUUGUCGGCCGACUGGGCUCAAAAUUGGCCUGGAGAGUCAAAUCAACCUGGCGGAAUGACUGGCGCCCGUAACUCGAGGGCCAACGACGAACAAUUCGCGGAGAAUCAAGAUACUAGGUGGCCGCCUCAAGAUCUGCCGAGACAACAAUUUCCUCCGAACAACCAGGAGAAUCCUAUCGUUGUCGGUGAUUCCAUCGAGGAAGAGGAGAAAGAGGGAGAUAAUCAACCUGGAGGGAUGGAAAUCGAAACUCAACCUAGCGAAAACACCAGAGGAAGAUUGCGAAAGCGAGGCGAUGAAGAUAUCACCGGUAGUGUUAGAGAUAAAAAACUUCCAGCUCUAUACGCAAACCCACUGCGAGCGUUCCAGACGAGUAUCGAAAAUUUCUGGUCUCCGAUAUUCGACUUUUUGGCCUCAGAUACUUACUUAGGGUUCAACCAAGAUCAAAUAAGACCUGCAUGGCAGGUAGGAUUGCCCUGGAGAGAGUAUGGAAAUACUCUCAAGAAGGUAUCUACCAUCUUGCAGGUCUGGCAGAAAGAUAGGGAAGUCAAACAGAAGGUACUUACGGUCGAGCAGUUGGAAGCGAAGUUUGGUCACUUGCUGCAGGCUAUGACGCUUGGAAGAUUGGUGACACCUUAUCAGCGACGACUGGAGGAUGAGGUACAUAUUGAGGAAGACGACGAAGAGCUUACUGUGGAGGAGCCAUCAUAUGGGUAG